AUGUAAUGCUUCUCUAAAUAGAACGUAUUGUAACCGUCCCUCAGUCCAACGUGGUUCCUCCGGCCGCGCUGCCGGUCCCGUCCCCGCCGCGCCGCGCCGGGCGAUUUAUGAGGAAUCAAAGAUGAACUUGGAGCAGGAGAGGCCUUUUGUCUGCAGUGCCCCAGGCUGCUCACAGCGUUUUCCAACAGAGGAUCAUCUGAUGAUUCACAGGCACAAACAUGAAAUGACUUUGAAGUUUCCUUCAAUAAAAACAGAUAAUAUGUUAUCAGAUCAGACUCCUACUCCAACACGCUUUCUGAAGAACUGUGAGGAAGUGGGCCUCUUCAACGACAUUGACUGCUCCCUCGAGCACGAGUUUAGGAAGGCACAAGAAGAAGAGAACAACAAAAGGAAUAUAUCCAUGCAUAACACAGUUGGAGGAGCAAUGGCAGGACCUGGAUCUCACCAGCUGACAAAUACAAGGAUGCCAAACCAUGACACCAGCGUUGUGAUUCAACAAGCCAUGCCGUCUCCACAGUCCAGUUCGGUCAUCACGCAAGCACCUUCCACAAAUCGACAGAUUGGGCCUGUCCCAGGUUCUCUGUCGUCACUACUGCACCUACACAACCGACAAAGACAGCCCAUGCCUGCCUCUAUGCCUGGCACCCUGCCCAACCCUACCAUGCCUGGAUCUUCUGCUGUACUCAUGCCUAUGGAGCGACAAAUGUCAAUGAACUCCAACAUCAUGGGGAUGCAGGGGCCGAACCUCAAUAAUCCGUGUGCUUCACCUCAAGUCCCCCCAAUGCAUUCGGAAGCCAAAAUGAGACUGAAGGCAGCGCUGACUCAUCAUCCUGCCGCCAUGUCGAACGGGAACAUGAACACCAUGGGCCACAUGAUGGAAAUGAUGAGCUCACGGCAGGACCAGGCGCCACACCACCACAUGCACUCACAUCCUCAUCAGCACCAGACGCUGCCACCUCAUCACUCGUACCCACAUCAGCACCAGCAUCCAGCGCACCAUCCUCAUCCUCAGCCUCACCACCAGCAGAAUCAUCCCCACCACCACUCCCACUCGCACCUCCACACGCACCCGGCACAUCACCAGACCUCGCCGCACCCCCCGCUGCACUCUGGCGGACAAGCACAGCAGGUUUCACCGGCGGCGCAGCAGAUGCAGCCCACGCAGACAAUACAGCCGCCGCAGCCGACCGGAGGUCGCCGGAGGAGGGUGGUGGACGAAGACCCGGAUGAGAGGAGGCGGAAAUUUCUGGAAAGGAACCGAGCCGCCGCCACACGCUGCAGACAGAAGAGGAAGGUCUGGGUGAUGUCAUUGGAAAAGAAAGCAGAAGAGCUCACCCAGACAAACAUGCAGCUUCAGAAUGAGGUUUCCAUGCUGAAAAAUGAGGUAGCACAGCUGAAACAGUUAUUGUUAACGCAUAAAGACUGUCCGAUAACAGCUAUGCAGAAAGAAUCGCAAGGAUAUCUAAGUCCCGAGAGCAGUCCUCCCGCCAGCCCGGUCCCAGCUUGCUCCCAGCAGCAAGUCAUCCAGCACAACACCAUCACGACCUCCUCCUCCGUCAGCGACGUCGUGGGAAGCUCCACUCUCACCCAGCUCGCCAGCCACAGAACAGACAUCAACCCCAUCCUUUAAAAGUGGUUGCUCAGAAACUGCGAGGGGGGUGUGGUAGCGUAUCAAAGCGUCCUCUGUGCUAAGGACAUUUGCAACUGUUAACUCAAGCCUGGAAGAUUCCUCAGUUCUUGAAAGACUCUGGCUUUCAUUUUUAUAGUUAUUAAAAUGUCUUUUAUACUUAGUUACAUAAAAGGGAGUUAUGCAAUUAAUAUGCUAUCAGCUUGAGAAAUGCUUUGGUGCUUUCUCCAGUUUUUUUGGUACCAGUUACUUGUUUAUAAAUCUAACUGUUUCUGUACAUAGUCAUGUUUCCUUCUCACCAAUCUAGCCUGAAGCCUCAGAAAUAUGGAGUUGUGUUAAACUGCAGCUUGUUAGCCAACGUGAGGCAUGAAAAGUAUUAAACAGAGUCAUAUGUAGGUAACUAGGAGUAAUUAGGCUAUAAAUAUAUAGAGAGGGCAUCUGCUGACAGCACAAUAAAAAAUGAGUUAGCAUUGUGCUAUCAGCAGACCCUGUCUUGCAUUCAGAGCCUCUUUCAAAGCGGUUAUAUAGGAUGUGGCUAUCAGGACAAAAUCAAGCCCAAAUAACAUGCUCUUUUGUCUAGCCCUCCCCCUUCUCCUCUCUUUCCUAGCCUGCCCUUUUUCUUCUCCACUUAUUCUUACAUCUUCCUUUUCCCUUCCCAAACCCUUUUUGUCCUUCAGCUAAUUUUUACCUGCUUUUUUUUUUUUUUUUUUUCAUUCCAAGGCUUUCUCGCUUCCCUCUCUUUUUCUCAAAGAAUGGUGAUGAACAAACAAAAUCUUCAAGCCCACCUCAAAGCUGUCGGCGCGGCUGUAGCUUUCGCUAGCUCUUCACCAACAGCUGCACUGUGCUGAGCGUUCGGCUUUUAAAAAACUAGAAAUGCUCCUGAUUUAGUGUUUUUAAUAAACAGCAAAAGGCGAAAGCAGCGCAGUCCCAGGUGAAGCAGGAGUGAGAGCCAGCUGUGUUGAUGCUAGCACCCCUGUAAGCUUCUGUGGAGUGAUACAGGCAUAGCGAGCAACACCUGAGAAUCACAGCAAUUCUUUUGCACUGCCAGUCAUUAACAUAGAAAAAAAAAAAAUCCAUGUAGCAUAUAAUAAUUCAGAAGAGUUCUGUUUCCUAACCCAGUUACGUCGUUCUAUCACCAAAAGCUGACAACCUCAGGUUUCACAGCUCUAAAUGAGAAGUAAAUCAGCAUAACGGUUUUGACCAGUUGGAAAAAUGCCAUUUUUAAUUCCCAGGGAAAGACCUGCUCGCUGCAGGCAUUCCUUUAAGCAUCCACAGACCCAUCCUGAGCUGGCAGACAGCAGCGUAGCUUCACUGACCUUGAUGGCACUUAACGCCCGUUUACCGCGGGAAAGGAACUGUCUCAUUAGGACGCUAAAUAAUUUUUAGGACGCAUGCAGCUGCUAAAAAGUGCUGCAAGAAUGGCAAAUCCCACUGCACUCUGGAUAAAAUUCAGUCAUACAAAGAGGGUCUGGAAAAAAAGCCUUAUGCCACAAUUCAGGUUUUUGUUUCGACUCUGGGCCUGCCUCUAAGCGCAACUGAUUUGCAUCCCUGAGUGGUACCGCUUGAUUAAUGGGAAAAUCAGAUGGAGAUGAUGCCAGUUAAUUACACUGCCUUGCUGUAUACUGAGACCUGAUUUUGCUCUCAAAUCUGUCAGCGACAAAACCUCCUGCUGCUGACCCGGGAAGCAGGCUCUGAGCUGGGGGUAAACGUUCGAGCAUUUUGAGCUGCAGCUUUAAUAGCAAAAGCUAAUUCAUGUUAUUCCUGGCAAAUCCUCUGGCCCUGAGCGGACUUUGUUCUGAAGUAAAGUUCUCCUCAAAGGCUGUGUCUUUGGGUUUUAGAGGAGUUGCGAAGUUUAACCGGGCAGCUCUUCUCUGUGCAGAAGGGAAAGUGAAACGACUGGCACCAAAGGAGGCACCAAAAGCAGCAGGUCCCGCCUGGAAGGAAAAGCAAAAUUCUGAGGAUCACUCAUUUCCAAAUUAGUUCCUAUCUUGGUAACUAACUUUUUAUCAGUAUUCUUUAACAGUUUGCUUUCCAUUUAUGCAAAUACAUUAAAAAAAAAGAAGAUUUUUAAUG